AUGAACAUUGAUGAAUUUGCCUUGUCGGAGUACGAAGCAGAGAAGCCAAAGGACAAGACAGACACCGGAGAUAAGAUGGACGACGACGAGACAUUCGAGGAACCUGACGAGUCCUUCUCGGCGAAGACACGGAGGGUCGAAAGAGCAUCAUAUCUCUCUGAUCAGCCUAUCGGCAUUUUUCAUUGUUUUCCCUCCAGAUACCACUUUGAGUGGAUCGGAAAGGAGAAGUUUUCACUUUCCGCUCCGUGUCUAUCGGGGGUCAUGUGGAUAGUCAGGGGGGUACAACGAGACCCUGAAACUCACGGUGAUGCUUCUGACCUGCCACACCCCGCGAUACGCCAUUUGGUCGGGUCUCUUGUCCUCGACGAAGAGUUUCCCAAGACAGCGUCGGGUCAAUAUCAUGUUUACCAGCCGUUAUUUGAACAGGUUAUCUUCCUACAGUCGGACAAAGAUGUCACAACUCCACUGCCGCUGUCAUUCCCCUACUUUCAUGGUGACUGGGCAGUGCUGAUUGACAAUCAGUUGCGGAUUGACCAGAAAGCGUGGGGCAUGAAGGUCGAGGAGACAGGAACUCACGAUGACGAUGACAACGACAACGAUAACGACAACAACAACGACGAAGACGAUGACGACGAUGACGACAACGAUGAAGACGAUGAUGACGAUGACGACAACGACAACGACAACGACAACAACAAAGUCAAGGGUGAAGGUGGAGGGUUGAGUUCCCAAAAAAAGCUAAGAGAAGAGAACGCCGGAAAGGGCCUCUCGAGCAAAGCGGGCCCGAAAGGCAAUGUAGGGGGCAGCUCGAGCAACGCAGCCCAGAAAGGCAAAACAGCGGCUAGCUCAAGUAAGGUGGCCCAGAAAGGCAAGGCGGGUAGCUCGAGCAAGGUGGUUCAGAAAGACGACGAUGAUGGCGACGACGAUGAUGCCGACGAUGACGACGAAUAG